UCGCCAAUGUAAGCUGGAAAGUUCAGCAACAGUAUCUAGCUAGUUUUUAAAAUCAGUCAGUAUUUCUUGCAUUAAACGAUAUUUUGUGCCGUUUCUAUAGCUUGAUUUGAAGACGAAUUACUAGCCUUUCUGGUAUUUAAAGUAGUUUUAAUUUAAACUGCUUUGAGACGCUAACGCAUGUUAGCAUUAGCUUACGGAGACUCAUGUCAGAACCACUGUCAGUGUCAGCAGCACAAGAUGCGGAGUUCAGAGCCAGUUUCACUGCACAACAACAAAGAGACCUGGCGAGGAGACUCACCACUUUUCUGUCUCAGUACAGUCAUUUGACCGACUCUUUUAUUAUUGAGUUCUUCACUGAAAAUCUGUGGCAGACUUUACCCAGCACCUGGCAGGCUGUGCUGCAGGAUAUUUCAUAUCCACAAGCUGCAGAACUACUGCUGGAUGCUUCUCAUGAAGAUAGGAGAUAUCCUUCAGUGUGGCCCCUGUCCCUCCUGGCUUUCCGUGCCACUGCUCAUGCCCUGGCAUUUCCCAGAGAGUGCAGGCCUGACCGAGGCGGGGUGGCGGCGUCGGUGAAGCCUGAUGAGUUCCUGCAAAACCAGAGUCAGAGUUCUUUACUGGGCCACAUAUUCAGGAAGCAUGUCAAACCCAAGAAACAGCAUGAGAUCCGAAAGCUUGGCAUGCUUGUUAAACAACUGUGUGACCAGACAGGCUGCAGGAGAGUGGUGGAUGUGGGAUCUGGCCAGGGUCACCUCACCCGUUUUCUGUCCUUUGGGCUUGGACUGUCUGUGACGGCUAUUGAGGCUGAUCACACCUUGGCUGCUAUGGCUUCCAGGUACGAUGGGGAGUUACUUUGGGCCCUGGAGAAAGAAAAACGGAAAAAGAACUGCUCCUUUCAACUUCCUGAAGCGCACUCCGUUCCCCGGCACAUGGCUGGUUGGGUCAACCCCAGGGCAUCAUGGGAAGGUUUUAUCAAGCAGCUGAAAGACGCACAUCAUGUCACUGAAGUACCCCAAGCUUCAUCUGCACCCAUAAAAAAGAGACGUUCAGAUCUAACUCAGCUAUCACAUCCUGAAGGUCCUUCACAUGAUUCAAACAGUGGAGGUGAACAGACUUUUUUUGAGGGAAGCUGCUGCUCAGACAUGCAGGCUGCCUCUGAAGCCGGUAUAAACCCAGAGGAAAGCCGUCUGCAGGACUAUCCAGACUUUGUCUUGACUGGUCUGCACGCAUGUGGAGACCUCAGCGCCACUCUCCUCCGCCACUUUGUCUACUGCCCUCAAGUUCGGGGCAUCACCUCUGUGGCGUGUUGCUACAUGAAGAUCACUACUAAAGAAAACCCCACGCCUCCAGGACUGAUCUCACCCCCCAGUCCACCCACACCUAGCACCGAGUUGUUUCACUUUGAGUUUGGAUACCCAAUGAGCUGCUGGGUGAGAGGGUUGUCUGGGCACCAGCUCUCCUAUAAAGCACGAGAGGGGGCGUGUCAUGCUGUGGAGGACUAUGUACGGCGGCUCGGGGAGGAGAGCAAGCAGCUCAGGACACAUUGUUACCGGGCGAUACUGGAGACAUUCAUCAGGGACGCGAGACCGGAUCUCCGCAGGGCAGGAAUCCAGACCAUAAAGAAAGCCCACUUGUUACCUUUUACUGAAUAUGCCCGACUGGGCCUGCCUCGGGUCGGCCUGCCUGCUGAUUUACCCCUGGACCAGGAGCGGGUGGAGGCUAUGUUGAAACAACAGAACAAGGUGGUGGUGUACUUCACUUUGAGCCUGUUGCUGGCUCCUGUGGUGGAGACCUUAGUGCUGCUAGACAGGAUGAUCUAUCUGGAGGAAAACGGUGUGGACAGUCAGCUUAUUCCUCUCUUUAAUCCAAACUUUUCUCCAAGAAACUUUGUCCUUGUUGCUGUGAAGCCGUCCAGAUAGUGUGAACAAACAGAAUCCAUCUAAUUGUGAACCUGUUGUUUGCAGCAAUAUCAGGUCAGGAAGAUAAGGGAUUGUUUCAGGAGAUGGAUUAUGUGUCUUGUAUUCAUAAGGGAAUGCAAUAAACUUCAUAUGGCACAUAUUCAUGUGGGCCAUAUGAAGAUUAGAACAACAGGUUGAUGUAGAUUGUUGUGUAAAACUCUCUAAACAUGAGCAGUAUGUUAUUUAAAUGAAGUCUUUCUACCAUUUAGUGAAGAUGUGUUUGACAUGUGGUCUUCCUAUGUUUUUCUCAGGGUUUGGUUUCAGUUUACAGAAAUAAUUGUUGUGACAUCACUUGUUUUGUUUUCAGGGGGUUUUUUUUAUGAAUGCUUUCUUUGUUUCUGCUUUGUGUCUUAACCUGAGAGCAGAAAUAAAACGUUGCUUUAAGUGGAACCAGACAAAUCUUGUUUUAUGUGUCUCAUUAAUCUUGUUUACAGUGUAGAUUUCACAACUUUAUGCUGAAAGGUUUGUGUGGAGCAGUUUUCUUAAAUGUCAGGCAAAUGUGAGGAUGCAUUUCAAACACUUUAAGCAAAUCAAUUCAUAAAUACAAAAAUC